AGGGCAAUGGAGAAUCGAGCCUAGCGGUGCAGAACACCUGAUGUAACCUGUCUCCUUUGGGACCUUUACACGCUAAUUAGCUCAUUCAAAAAAAAAUAAAAUAAAAUAAAAAUCACAGGUCACCUUUAAAUUCCUACGAAAUUCUACCUUUAAAUUCGUGGCACAUGCCAUCUAGUGUCCAGGCAAGGAAUUGCAACUUAUUUAAGCCUGUCUGUUUCACCCUCAGGAGAACAGACAGAAAGAAGUUGCUCUCAAGAAGUCUCCUUUCUCUUCAGGGAAGCACAUCGGACAAACUGCCAGUGAGGUGAUGUGUUGAAAACAUCUGUGAAAUGCCACACAGACUCUGUGGGAAAAUCAGACAUAAUUCCAGGAAGGCCAAUGGACACCAGACAGACUAGUGUGGAAUGUUAAAGAGGACAAAAGACUUUGUUGUUUACUCUCCCCUCCCCCCAUGAAGAGGUUCUUGGUGUGAAACAUCAACAUCCCGUGGCCAGCUGGGUGAAGCUGUUCUCGGGACCCCUGGGGAGAUGCAGCUAGACUCAACUCCAGUUUAACAGCCACUAACACCUGCCUGGAAAUUCUUACUUCUGAAAUCCAUUUGCAAGCGUGGACGAGGCGAGUGGGACGAAAGAGCCGUCCUUUGUGUCACUGGCAGAAGGUGAACAGCUCCCAGCUACCAUCCCAGCUUUCCCGAGGGUUCCAAUCUGCUGACCGCUUGCUUUCCAAAGCGCUGUCAGCAAAGCUGCCUGCUUCUCUGAGGCUCAAAGGCUGUCCCAGAAAGAUGAAGAAGCGCUAUCUGAUAGUUGGGAUUCUGAUUGGCUUCCUGGUGGGCCUGGUCCUUUUCUUGGGGUUUUUCUUCGGACUGCGCUCAGCUCCGCAGCCCCCAGCGCAGGAUGGACAUCUCUACAAGAAAGCAGCUGUAGCCACGGAUGCUGGGCCGUGCUCAAUAAUUGGAAGGGAUAUCCUUCAGCAAGGAGGGUCUGCAGUGGAUGCUGCAAUUGCAGCUCUGCUCUGCGUGGGCCUCAUGAAUCCUCACAGUAUGGGAAUCGGAGGGGGUCUCUUCCUCACCAUCUACACCAGCACAGGGAAAGUAGAAGUCAUUAAUGCAAGAGAGGUGGCUCCAAAAAAUGCAUCCCUGGACAUGUUUGGGAACAACACAGAGCUCUCCCUUAAAGGGGGCCUGUCCAUUGCGGUUCCAGGAGAAAUUCGUGGCUAUGAAAUGGCUCAUAAGCGGCAUGGCAGAUUGCCAUGGAAUAGCCUGUUUCUGCCCAACAUCAAGCUGGCGAGAGAAGGGUUCCCAAUUGGGAAAGCUCUAGCAAAAGUCAUCAAGUCAAAAGAGAAAGCGAUUGAAAGCAACCCCUCACUGUGUGAAGUGUUCUGCAGAGGAGGAACGAUCCUACACGAGGGGGAUGUCAUCAAGAUGCCCAAACUAGCAAACACCUAUGAGACUUUAGCCAAUGAGGGAGCAGAUGCCUUUUACACGGGGAGUCUGGCGCAGCAAAUUGUCAAAGACAUCAGGGAGGCAGGGGGCAUCAUUUCAAUGGAGGACCUAAGAGACUAUACUCCAAUCCUGAGUGAAAAUCCUUUAAACAUCACAAUCGGGGAGUUCACCAUGUACACACCCAGUGCCCCCGUGAGUGGCCCGGUGCUAGCACUCAUCCUCAACAUACUGAAAGGAUUUAAUUUCUCCAGUGACAGCAUCACGACCAUGGAGAAAAAGGGUCUGACUUACCACCGCAUUGUGGAGGCCUUCCGCUUUGCGUAUGCCAAGAGGACUUUACUGGGAGACCCAGCAUUUGUCAACAUUACGGAGGUGAUCAGGAACAUGACCUCUGAGUUCUUUGCAGAUAACCUACGGGGGAAAAUCAAUGACAACGCAACCCAUACAGUCGACUACUAUGAGCCAGAGUACUACACUCCAGAUAAUGCCGGUACAUCCCAUCUCUCCGUUGUGGCUGAUGAUGGCAGUGCUGUGUCCGCCACCAGCACCAUCAACCAAUACUUUGGCUCAGAAGUUCGCUCCAACGUGACUGGAAUCAUAUUUAACGAUGAGAUGGAUGACUUCAGUUCACCUUACAUCAUCAAUGGCUUUGGAGUCCCUCCCUCUACUGCAAACUUCAUCGAACCAGGUAAACGGCCCCUGUCCUCCAUGUGUCCAUCAAUCCUAGUGGAUAAAACAAAUAAGAUCAAGAUGGUGGUUGGAGCCUCUGGAGGAACAAAAAUCACCACAGCAACAGCACUGACAAUCAUCAAAUCCCUCUGGUUCGGGUACGAUAUGAUGAAGGCUGUGGAAGAACCUCGAGUUCAUGAUCAGCUGUUUCCCAAUGUCACGGAGCUGGAGCAGAAUGUAGAGCAGGGCAUAGAAGUGGAACUAGAGAAGAGGAAACACGAUAUCAAGAGGACGAACAGUAGUGCCGUCGUCCAGGCCAUUCUGCAAACUGCUGAUGGCUGGGCUGCUGUGUCUGAUUCCCGGAAAGGUGGCUUCCCAGCAGGCUACUGAACUCACUCAAGUUGCUCUGACAGCCUGCUGCUUUGCGGAACUAGCAACCAGCUUACAUGUGGGGAGAGGGAGGCAGGGAAUACUUGAGCACUGCAACUCAGGGACUGUCACAGGAAAGAAUGAAUUUGCCUGUGGUUCUGCUAAUAGAUCUGGACAGAUGUUUUUGAGGGCCAUUAUUGAAAAGUGCCUUUCAACAGAUCAGUGUGCUAAGAAAAAGCACAAAUCUCCCAGAAUAUACAGCACCUACCUAAAGGGUCUAGUCCCUACUCCUGCUCACCAGGGAUUGAGUGCACAGCAUUUGGAAGGUCCAAAGCCCCAGCUACAGAAACUGUUCCUUUAUUUUUCAGCUUUAUUCAGCCAGUGGCUAUCCUUGCCUGUCUUCUAGCAGUGACCGCAUUCCCAGGAGAAAUGUAUGAUGGCGUGUGAAUGGGAUGUAAGGUGCUGGCCACUCUACACUGUAAACUAGUACAUCUGAGCUACAAUCUGAAGAGUGAUUGGGAUAACCCUUCUCCACAGCCUCACCAAUUUUUUAAGACUAUCGUCUUGCUUCUCAUUUCAGGAGUCUGAGGGAUGAUGGGGUAGCUGAAGAAGUGAUGGUGCCAAUGUCUUUUGUUUGUUUUUUAUCUGUUCAAAAGCUGUAAAGGGAAGACAGAGGCUACCUGUUUAAUUUAUGCUGAAAAAGAAUUACAGGCCUAUGGAGGUAAACAUCCCUGCUUUCACCUGUACAGUACACGUGUCCACAAGGAACCAGGAGGCUCUAUAUGACUGAGGCUCUGCAGCAAUUUGGCUCCUUGGUGCAACUCCUUCACGUCCCAGAGAAUAGGCACAUCUAUCUACCCCCUUAUCUAUGAUGAGUCUUCCCUUCUCCCCUCACCCCAAUUUGUCUCUCACUAUUAUCCUUUCUGACAGCAUGCAAGAGUCCAAGGGAAAAAGGAAGGAAGCAUUUAAAGCUGAAUAUCAUAGUAUAAACCACUGCCACCCAGGGCAGCAUGGCAUCUUGUCUUUCAGUUACAAAGCAUAACUUCUGAGGGGUCGGUUUGGUUAUAUCACUUUGAUGCGGUGUCUAGAAGGUGAAAAAAGAAUAAGGGGUGGGGGGGUGCAGGGUGCCCAUCCUUAAACUCCAAAUUUGAUGCAGUUGAAUACAUAGAUUUUUCUUUCUUACCUGCCGCUUACCCCAAAGACUUGAAUAUUGCAGAAGUUGUGUCUUAGAUGAGUGUGAAGCUGUGGUUUCAGCCAACUGUCCCCCUUGAACUUUUGAGUUGCUUGUGACUUUCAGCCAUCUUUAUAACGGAAAUAAGAACAUUCCCCACCUUCAGAGCUCGGGUUCAUUCAUUUGGAUUUGAGAUGCAAGGUGGGUAAAUAAGGCCCAAGCACCCUCGCUGCCUACUGAAGUCUCCCCACCGGGAAACCCUGUCAAACUGGCAGCCUGCUCCUCCCUCCAUUGUCUGUUGGAGUUGGAUGAAAUCCAAGAACUCAAAUAUAACUGGUCUAAACAGGAUUUUAAAAAUCUAUUUGGUUGCAAUAACUGGUGGCAUUAGUAACAUAAACAAGACUGCAUUGAAAAUGAAUGUUAACCUGAAGUAGCUCUCUAAAGAACAAGCUCAAGUAUUUGUUCACCUGUAUUUUAGAACAAGCAACCAAAAACAAAAUCCACAAUAAUAACAACUAAAUGAAAGUCAGGUCAUUCAGAAAGUAUACCCCAAAGGAUUUUAGAGCACAAUGGCAAUUGUGUUCCUAAAUCCUUUAGGUGUGGAGCAGGUCAGGAACUGACUUUUUCCUUUGAGAAUUUCUGAUGAAAACAAAUGUUUUCAUCAAUUGUUGCUGAAAAUGCUCAGAUUUUGCAGUUACCGAAAUUUAAUUUCUUAAAUGUUUUGGGAUGAAAACUUGCUUUUCCAAACUCCUUUUUUUAAUGAAAAAUGUCAGUUGAAUUCAUUUCCUGUCCCAUUCUAUAUAGGUCCUUUGGCGACAGGGCAAGAUUCUCAAACUUUUUCCACAGUAUGUCAAGGUUUAGCUGUCACGGUGUUGCUUUGAUAAUACAGAAACCGCAAUAUGAGUUAUUUUCUAGCUGACAAACAAGUGCCAAAGUAUGGCCUUCAAAGAUUUGACCUGAGUUGCACUGAUUAUGUUUAAAAUAAAUAAAUAAAUCCAUAACUGUGAACUGACAUGGCAUGAUUUAAAGUCCCAGUAGAGGAAAUUAAGUAGACCUUGGGUACUAUUUUGGAACGCACCAGAGCAAAUCAAUCUAAAAUGACUUCUUUAGCGUCUCCAAAUCUUUAUAAUGACACCAGUUUUCUCACAGCACUCUAAUUAAAGGAGCCUGAUAAGCUCCUUAGCAAGAGUUAGGCUGUUGCUAUUUCACAAUCAUUGUGGUAAUUUUCAGACCCCCCCCACAAUUCAGUGCAUAAUGCAGGACCCAGGGAUCAAGCCAUGCAAGCACAGUCCAGGCAAAGACACCCUUGUUUCAGAGGUGAAGUGCAACAUGUGGCUGUUCAAAACCACCUUGCUGCUAUUGUAAGAAAUGCCAGAAUGACUCGGGAUGGUAGAGAAAUGGAAACCACAAAACCACACUGCUGGUUCCAUUCGCUAAGAACUGAUCCGUUGGUGGGUGAGGUAGGGCUGCAGGCUAAAAAUUCCCAGCAUCUACAAGCCAUUUGUAAAAGUAGUUUAUUAAAAAUAUAGCUUUGUAAAACAAACUUCACCUGGAAAAUAGAAACAUAUCCUCUGCUCACAGUGUCAUGUAAAGUCUAUGGAAGGUGGCAGUGUGCAGAUAAACUGGCCCCUGCCCUUGGCAGCAAUCAGCCUGGGGGAGCCAAACACUGGAGAAGCCCAGGGCUAGACCUGAGUGAUGCUGGGGUCAGGCUUGAGGUGUAAUAUGGUAGCAAAAAUAGCUCCUGCCUCCUUCCAGCCAGUUCCUCAUUUUUAAAACACACUAAGCAACAUUCACCCAGCCAAAAGUAAUGACCGCUCUAGCGCUACUUCUGUUCAGUUUAUCAGCCUAGUGUUUUAUGGUUCUACAUGACAGUUCUGCUGGAAUACAGUCAGUGGGCCUGCUCUUGAAGAGUUGGGUCCAUUUUUGAAAUUACUGUUUUGGGCCUAUGUACUUACCCCAGAGUGGCAACUAAUUGUAGUCAUCAGUGCUACCACUGAGAUGUCAGUCUACCUGCAACUCAGGUCAUUUGACUGCUAAAUCACAACUGCAAGCACCAGACUGUCACAAGUAUGUAGGUGACCUUAAAGAAAAAGCAGGGCCCCUAUCAUUCUACAUACUAUAGAAUGAGUGUUCGCCAAGCAGCAACGUUCUUUUAUCCUGUACCAUUCUGCCACACUUACAUUUACUACUUGUUCAGGCAAGCACUUUAAAACGUAAGCCCCGCUUCAGGAAAACACAUGCUUUACAUACUUGUCAGAGUACGAAAAAAGAAAUUUGUUUUCCAGACAAAACAUCAAGAUCCUGUUGUGGUUCUAGUGCAACCAUAUUGCUGUAUGAGCCAACAGUAUGAUGCAGCAGUAGCUGCUCAUGGAGGUUGAUGCCAUAAAGACAGUUUCUUGGUGUACAAUUCCUGAAGGAAAACAGCUCUCUCUGUAGCAAGUUUCAUUUUCAACAGCAUUGAAAUACAUCUAUAGGCUGACUUUGUUUCUCCACGUUAAUAGGUUUCUAAGUGGCUUGCAUUUUAUUUACAUGAUAGGGGCUUAUGGGUAGAAAAGGCAGGCAUCCAGCAAUCUGGUUUCAUAAGAUAUAGAAUUUUUUUUAAAGGCAUGUACUCAGCCAUUUGUGACAAAACGAUUACAGUGAGAAGGGUUUGCGGAGACAUAAGCAUGAGUUU